AUGACUCUCGAGUUGGACCACAUCCAUACGGAGAACCGUGGCCCGGGCCGCCCGUCGAAGUUUGGCCCCCCACAAUGCGUACACUUCGAUGGUCGACAGAUUUUCUACAACGCCUUGCGUAGACAGCCUCGCCCAGUCACCCAAGCUGUCAAACACAAGUUUCUCGAUAACGAGCUUUACUUAUUCUUCUCCGUGUUUGGUUGGGAUGAUCCGGAGCAAACCACGUCAUAUUCGAAGGAGCCGACAGAGAGCGUCGUGGCAGAGUGCAAAGCGGAAGUACUGAAGAUCGAAAAGCAGGCGAAGAAGGGUGUUAGCAUGAGCGAUAGAGAUACGGAGCGGGACCAGUUAGUGAAGCGUGUCCGCACAAAUAUGUCGCAGCGCUUUCUGUCGAAGUAUAACAGUCGUUAUAAGACUGCCACCGACAAGCGCGGCUCGGCUGCCGAUAUCCAGAAGCUCAUCCAGAUGUACAUGGAAAAGCCGACUCUAAGGCAUCAAUGUAAGGUGUGGGCGAGCUCGCACCCCGGCUUUGAGGCGCAAGUAGAUGCACGUCUGUUGGACCUGCGGCUUGAGAAGGGCGACCCUAACUAUCCUCGUAUUGGCCUAUGGAAUACCAUGGCCAGUCAAGGCUAUGCGGCGACCGAUGACAAGGUGAAGGAGGAGACGGUCAGGAAGGCAAAAGAGAUCUUGGAGAAGGAUAUGAAGGACUGGGAGAAGGGCCUCGCGCCUCCAAAGUCUGUAGAGGAAGCAACACAAUUCAUGUCGGCGUCCCAACUAUUUCUAGAGGAUCUCAUGCAGUUCUUUGCCGAGCGUUGCGGAGGUAUGGCCGUCAUGAUCUUGGCCGGGGCAGGAAACGUCUUGUUAUCUCAAGGGACAUGUGACGUAGCGGGAAUGCCUAAGGUUCUCUACGGUGACAUUGCGGGGGAAAGGAAACUGUUGGAAGGAUUAGCCGGGCGCAUCCAUACGCAGGCAUGUCUGGUCAGCGAAUCGAAAUGGGGUGUGCGCUUAUCUGAUGGUGCUCCAGCGGCUGCUCGCUCUUCACAAGAGAUGAACCAAGUGCCCGACAUGUCACUCAGAAACCCGCUUGACGACCCUGCGCCUCUUCUUGACCCUGCUGGUGGCGAUACGCGGGUGACAGACCGCAGUCAUACUGAGGAAUGCGAUCCUCCUGCGAGACCAGUCGGCGUGCCACCGUCAACAUCACUGCCAGAAGCAACCGCUUGCACGGCGUCGAACCGGGAGAAACAUGCUAACGCGUCGACGCCGAGAAACGAGGAGGGGAACGAGCCAGCUCGUGAAGAUGAUCUGAGCGCGGCAAUUGAUCCCAUGCCUGAUUCUCGCGUCGCUGAAAUCCGUUGCACCAACGAGCGCGAGGAUACAUAUAUGGCCGAAACUGAACAGUAUCACGGGUACAGUCCGAUCACGGGGCCGUGCGAGAGCAGCCUUACCACAGCAGCGCACGGCAACGUCGACGAGCCUUCCAACGGCAUGCCACAGCCACGGCCACGACCAAGACCAAAGCCCGUAGCGCGAGGAAAGGUGGUUCGGGUUGAAGCAGCUAAUGCCGCAAACCAGCCGACAGCGACGCUUGCCGAGAUUGGAAGGGAGCUCGCCGCGCUUGAGCACACAGAUUGUGUAGGAAACCCGACGAAGGCAAUGGCGCCGCGUGCACUGGAGCCGCAGGAGCAAUAUGGCUCCACACGGUCAGGCAGAGCGGAGGCAAAAACAGCACACACCACGCAGGGUGAACAUGCGGGCACGCUGUUUCGGCCCGUCCCGCAGGAAACGACAGACGGUGUAUUCGCGUAUCAGAUCAGCGAUAUUGAUACUGCCACUCUGGAUUUGAAGGUGUACAAAAAUGACUGCGACUGCGACGGGAAGGCGAUUGAAGGAAGAGUUCACAAAAAAUGGUUCAUACAAACAGGGAUGACUAACUUCUUCCUCGGCGUCCCGAAAAAGUUGAAAGGAAAAGUCGAUAUUGGACUUGCUUGCGCCGUAGUGCGCUCGUACAUGAAGUUGGAGCUGAGCGGCGAGGUGAGCCUAAUGGAUCGGGACGAGCGGACAAAGACUCACUCCUUUGCAAAGAGCGAAUCAGACCUUGACCUCUCCAGGUACAAAGUCGGCCACCAGCAGCAGCCCGAGUAUACGGCGUCACUCCAGAAUAGGGGACCGUCCAAUCAGACCAGAAUGACAUGGCACAAAAAGGUCCCAUCCGGCGUGGGCCGGAAGCCUGCACAACUGGAUCAGAACAUCGGCUCUUUGCUUGGAAAGCAAUGGGCGUACCAACAGGCGGAUGCUCGGCGUAGGGACGAUGGCACACUGUACUUGAAAGCCCACCCGGGUAUGGACUGGUGCAAGCGCCUGACACCCGGCUUGUACGGGGUGCGGCUGCUAGUACUGACACUGCUUUGUUGGGGUGCGGAGAUAGACAGUGAGGCUAAAGGUGAACGCAUGGACUGGAUCAACCUGGCAAAAGACUUUGUCGACGUCUUGAACGUCUUGACAAGCCAAGCCAGACCAUAUCAAUUGACGGAGGCAGAAUUGGAGAGAGCUCAAGGCGACACAGAGAAGCGGAAAAUGUGGGUGAUCUUUUUGGAUGAUUAA